AUGGAGAAGACUAGAAGUUUGAGAAAAGGUGCAUGGACAUAUGAGGAAGACAAGCUACUCAAGGCUUGUAUACAGAAGUAUGGUGAAGGAAAAUGGCAUUUAGUUUCUCAAAGAGCAGGAUUGAAUAGAUGUCGAAAAAGUUGUAGAUUGAGGUGGGUAAAUUAUUUAUGCCCCAACAUCAAAAGGGAAAGCUUUGCUGAGGAUGAAGUUGAUAUGAUCCUAAGGUUACACAAACUUCUAGGGAAUAGAUGGUCAUUGAUUGCUGCAAGGCUUCCUGGUAGAACUGCUAAUGAUGUGAAAAACUUUUGGCACACACAUUUGCGGAAGAAGGUUGUUUCAGAAACAAAAGAAAAGAAAGAAAAAGAGAAACCUAAGGAAACAAUGAAAGCUCAUGAAGUUAUUAAACCCCAACCUUGA